GUCCCACUACCAGCAGCAGCAGCAGCGGCGGCAGCGGCGGUGGAGGGACAGGACCUCCAGCAGCAGCAGACGCUCCCAGCGGCUCCACCGUGGCUGGCUAACCGCCGCGAGCUGACCCAACCCCGCGGCUGGAAAUGUUCACCCACCGCGCCUCGCCACACCACGACCGGGAUGGUAGCAGAGACGAGGGUUCGGGCCGUGACUUUCCAGCGCCGCUUUGUUGACGCCUGCGAGCUUUGAGUUAUGCUCUCACGAAAGAAAAGUAAAAACGAAGCGUCCAAACCAGCCGAGGUCCACGGGAAGUAUGUGAAGAAGGAAACGUCGCCGCUCCUCAGAAAUCUUAUGCCCUCAUUCAUCCGUCAUGGACCCACCAUUCCCAGACGCACCGAGGUCCCCCUGCCGGAGAUCGGACCCUCCGCCUACCCCGUGGCCCCGAGCCGAGAGCCAGUGGUGUCCCGAAACAAGAGCGUGCUGCGAGCCCCGGUGCAGCGGCCCCCCCACGAGGUGGCCCGUAGGGAGAGCCACCGCCUCUCCGCCCCUCCCUACCUCCCCCGGAGCCUGGGAGACCUGUCCCACGAGUACGGAGGCUCGUCGCAGUCCUUCCUCACAGACGUGAGCCCCAUGUCCGAGAACGGAGACGCAGCCCGCUAUUAUUACCCCUCCGAACCUUAUUAUGACAACCAGCAACACCAGCGGCAGCAGCAGCAGCCCAGGAGAGUCCCUGAGCGCUUUCCUGAGGACUAUAGAUACUAUGAGCACAAUGAACACAACUUCCAAAGAGUUCCCCGACAACACACUCCCCCCGCCCCGAGCAGACCCCCUUCAGGCAUAGGUCGAAUACAGGCCAAGUCCCUGGGGAACCUGUCCAGCCUGACGGCGGAGGACCUCCCUCUUCCGGUCGGCUGGACCGUGGACUGGACCAUCCGAGGCAGGAAGUACUACAUCGACCACAACACCAACACCACGCACUGGAGCCACCCGCUGGAGAGGGAGGGGCUCCCUCCGGGCUGGGAGAAGGUGGAGUCCGCCGAGUUCGGGGUCUACUACGUGGACCACAUCAACAAGAGGGCGCAGUACCGACAUCCGUGUGCUCCCAGCGUGCCUCGCUAUGACCAGCCCCCUCCUCUCCCGCCUCCCGUCACCUAUCAGCCUCGUCCCGCUGAGAGGAACCAGCCAGUGCUCGUGCCGGCAAACCCGUACCACACGGCCGAGAUCCCGGACUGGCUGCAGGUUUACGCUCGAGCGCCGCUCAAGUACGACCACAUCUUGAAGUGGGAGCUGUUCCAGUUGGCCGACCUGGACACGUACCAGGGCAUGCUGAAGCUGCUCUUCAUGAAGGAGCUGGAGCACAUCGUCAAGUCCUACGAGGCGUACCGGCAGGCACUGCUCUCCGAGGUGGAGGCCCGGAAGCAGCGGCAGCAGUGGUACGCCCAGCAGCCCAGCAAGAACUUCAUAGGGAACAUGUGAUGCGUGUGGGUGCGUGCGUGUGUGUGCAGCGGGGACACGGGGCGGCCACGCCUCUCUGAGGUUUCCACAGUUUGGGAGCGGUCGGAGUUUUCUUUGAAAUCAUGAUUGACUGUUAAUUGCCUCUUUACCAAACACAUCUGUGCCUUCGCUUGAUCCAAAUAUAUCCUCCAGGAAGCCGAGACACGCGUCGGCCCCUUCCUCUCACUUUAUACAUGACUUUUAAAAAAAAAAAAAAAAGAAGAAA